AAGGGUCUGCUGGUUUCUCUUUAAGGUUUCCAGACUCAAAAGAGAGCAGGGCAACUAAAGGCACAGAAGUCCUGUCCUCUAUUGAGUCCGGCAACCCUAGGAGUGAGCCUGACACAGAAGCUCCCCUCCUCCUCUCCCUUUUUUUAGAUGUUCUCCCCAAAAAAGUCAAGCACCCCAAACCUGCUGGUUCGGAGCUUCUGCCCCAGCUAGCUGCCUUGUUCUAAACUCGUGGACUUUGCUGUGUCGGAGUGUGUCUUUUUAGAGCAAGGAUUUACAACACAUCCCAGCCCGGCAUGUAAUUUGAAGCCCUCCCUCUCCUCAAGCAGAUGAGGGCGAAAUCUUGACACUAAUUUCUGACAAACGCUGGAAGCUUCAGGUUCGUUUGCAGCCCAAGAAAACUCCCACGUGGACCUGGAAUAAAUUGUUCCACAUUUCCCCCUUCUGGCCAGUUUUUCUUUCCUGGCAAUGAAAGUGUUCUCUCCCUGCGGUACCCUGGACUCUUCCCCCAGUCCUCGGGUGGCCUUUAAAUCUCUUGCUGGAUCACACAGCUGAGUCUUAAAGGGUCUCUGGGUCUGGCACUCCCCACCCCCAUGUGUGGGCCCUUGGCAGCCCCUUCCGAAUCUCCUCCUCAUACCGCAGAGAUUGCUCCAGGAGGGUGUAGCUUUGAGGAGGCCAAAACUGAGACAGGGGUUGUAUAUGUUUUAAAAAGAAAACAGCUUCUCGUUUCUAGGGAGUUUGGGAAAUGUCUGGAGUUGCCUCUCUGGCGUGGUCUAGAUUUGGAAUUUCAGAGCAGAGUCUUCCAGGUGAAAGGUUGGGAUCCAUUCCUCGGCAGUAGACAGGGACGUAAGGAACCAGCGAUUCCCCUCCUGACCCGAACACAUCGCAGUCAGCGCUGUUUCCCUUCUGCCGCAGUUCCGUUGCUUAAUCCCUGCUAUUGAAUGUGUGAGGGGCGCUCCGAGAGGAGACGAUGAGGCCCACCUGUCUGCCGCUCGUCCUACUUUUCCUACUGGAGGGGGCAACUCACGCACUCUUCCCCGAAGAGCCUGGUCCCAUCAGUGUGGCCCUUGACAACUAUGUGAAGCAUUACCCGGUCUUCGUGGGCAACGGGAUGGGCCGGUUUUCCAGCCAAGAUGGCGGCGCCGAGCGCCUCAGGAUCCAACGAAUGCUGACAUUCAACAGGACUUUGUACAUAGGAGACAGGGACAACUUGUACCGCAUAAGCCUUGAACCCGAGGCCUCAGCCAGUGAAAUGCGCUAUCAUCAGAAACUGACAUGGAGGUCGAAUCAACACGAUAUCAACAUCUGUCGGAUGAAAGGAAAGCACGAGGCAGAGUGCCGGAAUUUUAUCAAAGUGCUUCUGCUCCGCAAUGACAACCUGCUCUUCGUCUGCGGCACCAACGCUUUCAACCCCAUCUGUGCCAACUACACCAUGGACACGCUGGAGCCCACGGGAGACAACAUCAGUGGGAUGGCUCGAUGCCCCUAUGACCCGAAGCACGCCAACGUCGCUCUCUUCACAGGUGGGAUGCUUUUCACCGCCACUGUGACGGAUUUCCUGGCCAUCGACGCAGUAAUUUACCGCAGCCUGGGAGACAGCCCGACUCUUCGCACAGUCAAGCACGACUCCAAGUGGUUCAAAGAACCAUAUUUUGUCCGUGCCGUGGAGUGGAAGAGCCACGUCUAUUUCUUCUUCAGGGAGAUCGCAAUGGAGUUCAACUACUUAGAGAAGGUGGUCGUGUCUCGGGUGGCCAGAGUUUGCAAGAACGACAUGGGUGGCUCUCAGCGUGUGCUGGAGAAGCAGUGGACCUCCUUCCUCAAGGCCCGCCUCAACUGUUCCGUCCCGGGGGACUCCCAUUUCUACUUCAAUGUCAUCCAGUCGGUCACGGACAUCCUGGAGAUCGAUGGCCGGCCGGUCGUGCUUGCCGUAUUUUCCACACCUGCCAACAGCAUUCCAGGCUCUGCCGUGUGUGCCUUUGACAUGGCCCAAAUAGCCUCCGUCUUCGAGGGGCGCUUCCGCGAGCAGAAAUCCCCCGAAUCUGUUUGGACCCCUGUGCCGGAGGAACUGGUGCCAAAACCACGGCCAGGUUGUUGCGCAGCUCCAGGGAUGCGCUACAAUUCCUCGAGCUUCUUCCCGGACGAGAUCCUCAAUUUUGUCAAGACGCAUCCGUUGAUGGACGAGUCGGUUCCGUCGCUGGGGAACGCGCCCUGGAUCAUCCGGACCAUGGCCCGGUAUCAGCUGCGCAAGAUUGUGGUGGACCCCACAGCAGGGCCUGGCAGGAACCACACCGUGGUGUUCCUGGCCUCUGACGCAGGCACCGUCUUCAAGUUCCUCGUCCACACCAACGUCAGCACCAGCUCUGCUACCGUAAGGGCCAGCAGCCAGAGUUUGCUGCUGGAGGAAUUCGAGACCUAUCCCAGUGACAAGUGCGGAAAAGACAAUGCGGGUGAACGGAAACUUCUGGGCAUGGAAUUGGACAAGGCCACGGGGUCCCUGCUGCUGGCCUUCCCGCCCUGUGUGGUGCGUGCCCCCGUGGCUCGGUGUCACCAGCACUCCGGUUGCAUAAAAAACUGCCUGGGGAGCCGUGACCCAUACUGUGGUUGGACGCCAGAAGGUUCCUGUAUUUUCCUGGAACAGAGCACAAGGGUCGCGUUCGAGCAGGACAUCCUCGGAGGCAAGACCUCUCACCUUGGCGACUGUGAAGGGUUGUUGACGGAGAGCUUUGUGGAUGAGCCGGAUGGCCUGGUCUCGGUGAACCUGCUAGUGAUCUCCUCCGUGGCGGCCUUUGUCAUUGGCGCCGUGAUCUCGGGCUUCAGCGUGUGCUGGUUCAUCGGGCACCGCGACCGCAAGGAGCUCGCCCGACGCAAGGACAAGGAGAACAUCCUGUCUCACAGUGAGUCGGUGGUGAGCGUCAGCCGGCUGGGCGAGCGCCGCUCCCGGGGGGGCACCGGCGGGCAGCCUGAGAACCUGCUGGCCCCACUCAUGCAGAACGGGUGGCCCAAGGGGCUGGUGAAGGUCAGCCAGCACGACCUGGAUUCCGGGGUGCUGCCCACCCCGGAGCAGACCCCCCUGCAGCAGAAGCGCUGCCCCAAGCCCUGCACUUGGGAGUACAGCCACAAUCUCAUCAACGCCUCCUUGCGCAGUGGAGACCCGCCCUCCUCGGUCAUCCUCCUCCACGCCGGCCACACCGCCAUGCCCCCGCACCACCUCGGCUCGGGCCGUGUCAUCCCCAUCUCCUGCCACUCCAUGCUGAUGGACCAAGAGCUGGAGAACGAGGCCGGCGACCUCUCUCUGGACAUGCGGUACUUGCCGGUCAGCGCCGGAGAGGGGACACGAGUGGCCCAGCAGCAGCAACAACAACACCAACACCAAGCGCCGCCCGCGCACCGACCGAGCGGGACUCGGAGCUCCUACGGUGGAGAGCUUCCCAUCACGCCGCACGGCAGCCCCGAGCGGCGGCGGGUGGUGUCGGCCCCCGGCGGGGAGACGGGGGAUCCCGCCCCGUGGAACCCCGAGAAGCUGAACUCGAAUAGUAACAAUGCGGCCAGCAGGGCGAGCGCGCAACUCAAGCGCACCCACACUUUCAACAGCGGGGAAGGGCCGGCGACCUACGCCCGGGCAGCGCGGGGACCCACGUUGGGGGCCCAGCACACCCUGACAGACUUUAGCCACCUCCUGAAAUACAGCGGCGUGGAGCGGACUGCCUCUUCCGUCAAAUAGGGGGAAUGGCCCAGGGGGCGUGGCUUGGCUUGACGGCCUCCCUCCUUAGAAAAGGGGCGGGGUUUCACAGCACGGAGGAUGAGCGGAUCAGGAAAAGGACAACGCAAGACCCUGGGUCCCACCUUGAGGAGGGGCAGAGGGGGGAGGAGAAGGACCUGUGCUCCCCCCCCAACCUCCCAGGCGUAUGGAUUAUUGGAGAGGGGGGGCACUUGGGAGAUGCUGCUUGAGGCAAAAAAAAAAGCAGGGAGGGAGACCUCUUCUGUGUGUGCGUGUGCGUGAUUUGGGGUUUAUUUCAUCCGGGCGCUUCCUCGCUGGACUGUUCCUCCCGCAGCGCUCCGCCUCCUUUCGGAGAGGCGGGGCACGGGGCGGUCUCGGGUGCUGCUCCCCCCCUUCCUCGCAAAGGUGUCGCGAAAAUAAGGGGGGGCAGGAUUUUGAAUGAUGGUUGCGAAAUAAAUAAUAACCAACGGCAGUGGCCAGGGAAAUUUCAAAGGUCAGGGACAGGGGGGGGGUUGUCUCCCUAUCUGUUGCCCCCAGUUUCUCCCCGAGUGGUUGAAUGUUUGGAAGGUGGUGCCAGACUAUGAAAGGCGUUUAAAAAAACAAAACAAAACACGGGGCUGGCAUCCCUUCCCACGUUUCCUUCUGAUUUCCUCUACCUGUUUGGUGAGGUUCUGGUGUGUUACUUACACGCUUGCUCAUGCACAAAAACGAAUCCUCGCUCGUGCCAAGCAGGAAUGGUUUGGGAGUGGCUGUUUGUCUAUGGUCAAACCCUGGCAUGGCAAGGAUUGCCUUUUUCCUUUUCCUUCUCAGAUCGAGAAAUUUCUCAGAAGGAGAGGACCGUAAAGACUUUCUACAUGCACUGGGAGAGCAAAUCCCAGCA